AUGCAAUUCGCUACAGUAUUGCUUGUUGCCAUCGUUCUUAUGAUGAUAGUAGAGUUAUCAGAAACAAGAGGACGCAUUACUGGAGGCAGAUCUAGGUCCAAAGGGUCCAGCUCAAAAUCUAAAAUCACCAAGUACACGCCAAUCAAAGCCACCUCAGUUCGCUCCCCGGUGAUCGUCUCACAGACUCACUAUGGUUCGCGUUCAAUCACGUUCAAGAAAGUUGUCUUUGCCAACUCGCAGCACCGCCACCCUUUCAGCAGUGCCCCAGUCUAUCGGAUGGGAUAUCCAAUGUACCGGAGUUAUGUCUCCAUCCCGAAGAAGAGAGCAGUGAGGGUUACCUAUGAGAGAGAAAGGCUGCUGGAUGACAAUGGAAAUUUGUGUUUGGACACAUCAGCAGGGAGUCAAACACUGAAGGAAGGAAUCGACGACAACUUGGUUGAAUUGACAACUACAGUGAAGUACAAAAAUGGGGAAACGAAAACACUACACGGAGUCGACAAAACAGUGUCGCUGGAAGACAUCAAGGAUCAAGACUUUGAAGUUGUAAGCCUUGCCCGUUACAACUUGAUUAUUGUGACGGGAACAACUUGUACAAAGGUUGAAACGACCAUCGAAGGAACGAUGGUUAUCAUGUACGAGACAAAUCCGAACGGCUCAAACAAACUGAACAUCAACAACAUACUACUCUCAGUCGUUAUUACGUUGUUAAUGUUUAUGAAUUUACAUCUAUUUCCUUGUUGA